CAGCUUUUCAUUAGUAUAAUUACAGCCCCGUCUGAAUCUCAAUAUCCGCUAAAUUGCCAUUGUCACUCAGCGGCCACAUCACUCUUUCUCUGGUUCUUCUGUUCAAGCUCCGCUCUGCUUGCGCUUCACCCAACCUCACCGAGCCCCGGAGUCUCCUCGCCACCGACGCCGUCAACUGCGAGGUCGACGGCUUUGGCGUUUCCAACUUCCUCGGCAUCUGUCGCCAUCGCCCCUGCGAAACACGCGCUCGUAGUGUCACGUACCUGCCGGAGAUGAAGGCUAGAAGCCUUCCUCUCAUCACUUUUGAUCAUAAAAGGGAUGCGUAUGGAUUUACUGUGCGACCUCAGCACUUGCAGAGAUACCGAGAGUAUGCCAACAUCUACAAGGAGGAGGAAGAAGAGAGAUCAGAUCGAUGGAAGAAAUUCCUUGAGAGUCAACCAGAGCUCAACCAUGCUCCUGCCGGUGAGGAAAGUGAAGCAGCGUUGCCUGUUGAUGCAGGUAGUGGAUCGGAAGAUGAUCGAGAUGAUAGCGGAGAUAAAAGAAUUGACGGCAGUGAGGAAACUGCCAUGCGGAAGGAGCCAGUGGAAAUAGAGGAGAGGGCACACAAAAUUAAGAUUUGGUCUCAGAUAAGACCUUCUCUAGCUGCAAUCGAGCAGUUGAUGAGCCAUCGUGUAAAGAAGAAGACAUACUUGCUGAGUGACAAGGGAGAUGAAGGGAGGACUGCAAGCGGGAUUGUUCUGAAUGAAGCCUCAAAGUCCUUGGAGGAUUCUGAAGAUGAGUUUUAUGAUAUAGAGAGAUCCGAUGUGAACCAGGAGGUGUCCUCUGGUUAUGGAAGUGGCGCUGAUUCAUCCGUUAAUAUGGCCAAUCAGGCAGCGCUGUUGGAACCCAACCCUUGGAAGGAAGAACUGGAAUUCCUUGUGCGUGGUGGUUUGCCAAUGGCUCUUAGAGGAGAGAUAUGGCAGGCCUUUGCAGGUAUUAGAAAGCGCAGAGAGGAAGGGUAUUACCAAAACUUGUUGGCUUCGGAAACCAAAAAUGUCGAUAGCAAUGGAGUUGAUGAUUGUGCUUUGAAUGAUGCUAGUGAUGGCCCAAAUAAACCUAAUGCAACUCCAACUGAAAAAUGGAAGGGGCAGAUUGAGAAGGACUUGCCAAGGACGUUUCCCGGUCAUCCUGCGUUGGAUGAGGAUGGAAGAAAUGCUCUGAGGAGGCUACUCACGGCUUAUGCUCGGCAUAAUCCAUCUGUUGGUUAUUGCCAGGCUAUGAAUUUCUUUGCAGGUCUUCUACUACUGUUGAUGCCUGAGGAGAAUGCAUUUUGGACAUUAAUGGCUAUUAUUGAUGAUUACUUUGAUGGUUAUUAUUCCGAGGAGAUGAUUGAAUCUCAGGUGGAUCAGCUUCUAUUGGAGGAGCUAGUUCGCGACAGAUUCCCAAAGUUAUCCAAUCAUUUGGAUUACCUUGGGGUGGAUGUAGCAUGGAUUACUGGACCUUGGUUUCUUUCAAUAUUUGUGAAUAUGCUUCCUUGGGAAAGUGUUCUUCGCGUUUGGGAUGUUCUUCUUUUUGAAGGAAACCGUGUGAUGCUAUUCCGCACCGCUCUUGCUUUAAUGGAGUUAUAUGGUCCUGCAUUGGUAACCACAAAAGAUGCUGGAGAUGGGGUUACCUUAUUGCAGUCACUUGCUGGCUCAACUUUUGACAGCAGCCAGCUUGUUUUGACAGCUUGCAUGGGUUAUCAAGCUAUAAAUGAAACAAGGCUAUUAGAGUUGAGAAAGAAGCAUAGGCCAACAGUUAUUGCUGCUCUAGAAGAGAGAGCAAAGGGUUUGAAUACGUGGAGGGAUUCCCAGGGCCUUGCGUCAAAGUUCUAUGGUUUUAAACGUGACACUGGAUUACUUCCUACAGUAACAAACUCCACACAAGGCUUAAAUGGUCUAAUUGGAUGUGGUGGGGUGCACGUGACGGAGUCUGUGGAUGGAUACCUUGGAAGUUUAAGGCCUGAGCAUGAGUCCGAUUCUGGACCCGAUCUUAAAGAACAGGUAACGUGGUUGAAGGCUGAGUUAUGCAGAUUGCUGGAGGAGAAGAGAUCAGCUAUCCUCAGAGCUGAUGAGUUGGAGGUAGCAUUAAUGGAGAUGGUUAAGCAAGAUAACAGACGCCAUUUAAGUGCUAGGGUUGAGCAGUUGGAAAAGGAAAUAUCGGAGUUGUGGCAAGCUCUUACAGAUAAACAGGAACAAGAACAAGCCAUGCUUCAGGUCUUGAUGCGGGUUGAACAAGAGCAGAAAGUAACAGAAGAUGCACGCAUGUUUGCUGAGAAAGACGCUGCUGAACAAAAAUAUGUUGCACAUAUACUCCAGGAAAAAUAUGAAGAAGCGAUGGCUCUGUUUGCUCAAACGGAGAAGAGGGCAAUAAUGGCGGAAACAAUGUUGGAGGCUACUUUGCAGUACCAGUCGAGCCAAAUAAAGGCCCAGAAAUCUCCAUGCCCUUCCCCAAGGUCAUCCUUGGAUAAUUCAUAUGCAAAGUUCGAUCACGAUUCUCAACAAGACAUUCCGUCCAGAAAAGUCAGUCUGCUUUCUAGAUCAUUUGGCCUCGGAUGGCGUGACAGAAACAAGGAAAAACCAAGCAACCCUCUUGAGGAAGCAAGUGAAAGCAAGGGCAACAGUGAUGGAGCUCAAUUUCAACCUCCCACACCUACCAAAGAUAUGAAUGGUCACCAACAGCUACAGCAGCAAUAGCUUUGUCAUGAUCAAGCCAACUUUUCUCUUACCAGUUUGUUGAAGGCACUAUCGAUGGAGCAGUAUUUAGCCUGGAUUAUUUUUCACUUGGUAUGCAUCAGUGAGCCCUAUAGUUUUGAUUUAUUUUUAUGUAAAUUUUCAGAAAGUACUGUAUUAUAGUUUGUUCAUUGUUUCACUGGAUGAUAAUUGAGUUUCAAGCAGGUUAAGCAAGUUGAAUCUCUUGUUCUC